AUGAACGGAGAAGGGCAAACUCAUCGAGAGGGCGUCUGCGGGACCAUGGAGAAUGGAUUUACAUAUGAAGAUUAUCAAGACACUGCAAAAUGGCUCUUGUCUCGCACCGAACACCGACCUCAAGUGGCAGUGAUCUGUGGUUCUGGGUUAGGAGGUCUGAUUAAAAGAUUAACUCAAGCCCAGACCUUUGACUACAGUGAAAUACCAAACUUUCCCGAAAGUACAGUGCCAGGUCAUGCUGGUCGACUGGUGUUUGGGAUCUUGAAUGGCAGAGCCUGUGUGAUGAUGCAGGGCAGGUUCCACAUGUAUGAAGGCUACCCGCUCUGGAAGGUGACAUUCCCAGUGAGAGUUUUCCGGCUUCUGGGUGUGGAGACCCUGGUGGUCACCAAUGCAGCUGGAGGGCUCAACCCCAAAUUUGAGGUUGGCGAUAUCAUGCUGAUCCGUGAUCACAUCAACCUCCCUGGUCUCAGCGGUGAGAACCCUCUCAGAGGGCCCAAUGAUGAACGGUUUGGAGUUCGUUUCCCUGCCAUGUCUGACGCCUACGACCGGGAUAUGAGGCGGAAAGCUCAGAGUACCUGGAAACAAAUGGGGGAGCAGAGAGAGUUACAGGAAGGCACCUACGUGAUGGUGGCGGGCCCCAGCUUUGAGACUGUGGCCGAGUGUCGCCUGCUGCAGAAGCUAGGGGCGGAUGCUGUUGGCAUGAGCACAGUACCAGAAGUUAUAGUCGCAAGACACUGUGGACUUCGAGUCUUUGGCUUCUCACUCAUCACAAACAAGGCCAUCUUGGAUUAUGAAAGCCAGGGGAAGGCCAAUCACGAAGAAGUACUAGAGGCUGGGAAGCAAGCUGCGCAGAAAUUGGAACAGUUUGUCUCCAUUCUUAUGGCUAGCAUUCCACUGUCCAAGCACACCAAUUAA